AUAACAACAACACCAACUUGUAAUAUCUAAUUGUUCCUUGUAAUAACUUCUUACUUUUUCAAUUCCAUUAUUCAUCAUGUCAAGUGCUCAACAAAACUUCUCUGCAGGCCAAUCCCAUGGCCAGACUCAGGCUAAGGCAGAAGAUUGGGUUCAAUCUACAAAGGAAUCAGCCUCUGCAGCUGCAGAUAGAGCUCAUGCAGCUGCUAACACAACAGGGCAGACUGCAGAGAGGAACAAGGAGGAAGCUGCUGGUUUUCUCCAGCAGACUGGAGAGCAAGUGAAGAACAUGGCUCAAGGUGCUGUGGAAAGUGUGAAGCACACCCUUGGGAUGGACAAAAACCAAAACUAGGUUCAUUUGUGAAUGCUGUUUUAUUCUUCCUCCAUUCAAAUAAAUGGAAGGAUAUUAAUAUGUACUUUUUUUUUUCUUUUCGUUUUUUUUGGAGAGUAUUGCUUUUUCCUAGUUGAAAGGGAUUAGCAAACUACUUAAGUCUUGAUAUUAUUGUGCUUUGUUGAUGAAAAGCCAAUAUCAGAUAUAAUAAAACAUAGAUUCUUUCUUUUUUC